CAAGCAGGGACAUAAUCUUGCGACUAGAUCACAUAAUCUUAGACAAAGCAUCCAAGCACUCUUUAGAAGAGGUUAGAAGAAUUUUCGAAAAAUAUGCAGAUAAUAUCAGCCUAAACAAUGCAAAGACUGAGCUGAGUGAUCGACUUGACGAUCUGAAGGAUUUUGUAGUAGAAUUAGACAACAAACAAAUAGAUAUCAAGGAAGAAAUCUCAAUGAACGCUAAGGAAAAAAUUAAUCAGAUCAAAAAUCAGAUUAAGAAAGAACUUUUCGACUCAUAUGGAGUCAAACCUGUUGAUGAGAGAGAGUUUACUGCUAAGUUAGCCCUUAAAGCUGGUGUUGAGGAGUUAGAAAACCUUGGAACUCAAAAAGCAGACAGCCAGGACCACCUUCUGCUCCAGGAUUACUGCAUGCAUCUCAAGGGUCAGCUUGACCAAGUGAUCUUCAUCUUUUGUAAUUAUUUGAAGCAAGUCCAAGAAAUGCCUCAGAAGCAAUCAAAAUUUGUAGCAGAUUUUAAGAACCAACUAGAAACAGUAUAUCGAAGCUUAAAGCGAUAUUAUGCGAAAUACAAUAAUAGAGGUGAAAGAGAAAGUGAAAAGUCACACAGAAGGAUAUCUUCUGGGAAUCCGAGUCUAUCUAUUAGCACUAUUGAUAUGAAUAAUUCUAAGAUUCCAAGGAAGCAGAAGAAGUUGAGCUUAAUGCUUGGACAUACUCAAGUGAGUAGAAAAAUAAAAACCAUGAGCAGCAGUAGAAAGACGAGGAACAGUAAACGGAUGUCUGGUGCAUUCCAAACUGGGAGAUCUAGAAAAACCUUGCAGAAUAUCUCAAAAAUGAGCGCAAUCAAGCAACCGAUACAUUACAAUGACAUCUAUGUUUCCAAUAAAAAUGCUGUAUUUAACUCAAACAUGAACUUCACAAUGGACAACGCAAAGCAAAUGUUCGAGUCAGACUAGUAGCAGCUUUCAAUUUCAACAUUAGUGUAA